AUGGUGCCCCCCAUGCUGUUCCUUAUAGAUAACGGUGCGGAUGACUGGCGCAUCGCCAUGACAUUGGAGCGGGUGCUGCUGAUCGCGCUGGAGCUGCUGGUCUCAGCUGUCCAUCCGGUGCCCGGCGACUUCAAGUUCGUGUGGCGUGCUCGACUCGCCUUCACCUACAUCCCCUCGCAGGCGGAGGCUGACCUGGACAUGGUGCUGUCUGUGCCCAUGUUCCUCCGACUCUACCUCAUCGCCCGCGUCAUGCUCCUCCACAGCAAGCUGUUUACCGACGCCUCAUCCCGGAGCAUAGGGGCCCUCAAUAAGGUGCACUUUAACACACGCUUCGUGAUGAAGACCCUGAUGACGAUCUGCCCCGGCACGGUGCUGCUAGUCUUCAGCAUCUCCCUGUGGAUAAUCGCCGCCUGGACCGUACGAGUUUGCGAGAGGUACCAUGAUGCCCAGGAUGUGACUAGUAACUUCCUGGGAGCCAUGUGGCUCAUCUCCAUCACUUUUCUGUCCAUCGGCUAUGGGGACAUGGUGCCUCACACCUACUGUGGAAAGGGAGUGUGUCUUCUGACAGGCAUUAUGGGGGCAGGAUGCACAGCGCUGGUUGUUGCCGUGGUAGCAAGAAAGCUGGAGCUGACCAAGGCCGAGAAGCAUGUACACAACUUCAUGAUGGACACGCAGCUCACCAAACGGAUAAAGAACGCAGCUGCCAACGUUCUCCGGGAAACCUGGCUGAUCUACAAACACACCAAGCUGAUGAAGAAGAUCGACCACUCGCGUGUGCGCAAGCAUCAGAGGCAGUUCCUGCAAGCCAUCCACCAGCUUCGAAGUGUAAAAAUGGAGCAAAGAAAGUUGAGUGACCAGGCCAACACACUAGUGGACCUGUCAAAGAUGCAGAGCGUCAUGUAUGAGCUGAUGUCCGAGCUUAACGACCGCAGCGAGGAUCUGGAGCGACAGAUGUUGAGCCUGGAGCAGCGAGUGGAGCAGCUCACGGCCGGUUUCAGAGCCCUGCCGGCUCACCUCUCUGCCACGCUGAACGCCCAACACGCCGUGCUCAUCCGCCUGCUGCAGGACCGCGACGCCAAGACCCCGAGCCCAACCGUGCUCGUCCCUGCCCUGAUCACUCCCACGCCCAACCAGACCAAGGAGAGAGAAGAGAGCCCCAAAACCAGCACGUCCAGCUGCUAA